AUGAUCCGAACCCUCACAACGCUCGGCCUGUACGGGUUCGUCCAACAGGCAUUGAGCAAAAAUGUGUAUCUGGAUUGGAAUAUAACUUGGGUGACAGCAGCACCUGAUGGGUAUGCGAGGCCUGUGAUCGGCAUUAACGGACAUUGGCCUUGUCCCCAAAUUGAUGUCGAUGUUGGCGACAAUCUCAUCGUCGACGUGUACAACGGGCUGGGGAACGAGUCCACCGGAAUCCAUUGGCAUGGUCUGCAUCAGAACUACAAUGGCUACAUGGACGGUGUCCCAGGAGUCACCCAAUGCGAGCUCCACCCCAACCAGCGCAUGCGCUACGUUGUUCCGAUGAAUCAAACCGGUACCUAUUGGUAUCACUCCCACGAGCCCGGUCAGUAUCCUGAUGGGUUGCGCGGUCCCAUCAUCGUGCACGACAAUGUUCCUGCCCCGUAUCACUAUGAUGAGGAGAUGACUCUCACCUUAUCCGACUGGUAUCAUGUACAGAUACCCGUCUUGCUCGAUGAAUUCAUAGUUCCAGGAGACCAUGCCCCUUAUGGAGGUCUAGAGCCGCUACCUGAUGCGAUUUUGUUCAACGACAUGCAUAACACCAAAAUCAGCGUUAAGCCCGGCACGACCUACCUGAUCCACGUUGUCUGCAUGGGCAACUUUCCCGGGCAUGCGCUCGUCAUUGACGACCACGACAUGACCAUUGUUGGUAUGGAUGGCAUUGCAGUGGAACCGCAUUUCCUUCCACCCCAGUAUCUGCGUGUGGCCGUUGGACAACGAGUCGACAUCCUUCUCACCACCAAAAAUGAUACUAGCAAGAACUACGCCAUCUGGGACGGUCUCGAUAUUGAUGAGAUGUUCGUUCAAGAGGGAAGGAGCCCACCUCCAGGGUACAAUCCCAACGGCACCGCAUGGCUCAUGUACAACGAGGAUGCUCCUUUGCCUCCUCCGCCCAUCAUUCAUGUCAACAAUGCAAGUCUGGACUUCCUCGAUGAUGUGACCUUAACACCGAUAGACAACCUUCCACUGAUUGACCCCAUACAACACCAAUUUAUCUUCGACGUCUACCCGACCACAGUGGAUGGAAAGCCCGCCUACAGCAUCAACAACAUGACAUAUAACGCUCCCGACUCGCCCACGCUGUACACUGCCAUCUAUUCUGACCCCGAUGCCUGCUUAGACCCAGACCUCUAUGGAGAUGUGAACCCUUUUGUUGUCAAUUAUGGUGAUGUGGUGGAAAUCGUUCUCAACAACCACCAUGACAAUCUCCACCCGUGGCAUCUCCACGGUCAUGAUUUCCAGGUGCUCCAGCGCACUUACCCGUACGGUGGCUUCUUCGAUGGCUACCGCAACGUUUCUGCCACGCCCAUGCGCCGAGAUACGCUCAUGGUGGAGCCCAUGGGUCAUUUCGUGAUUAGAUUCCGUGCAAUGAAUCCUGAUAAGUAA